UAUCAACAUAACUAAUUGACAAAAAUACAACACACAUACUGUACUCUUGUAAACAACAAAGAAACACCAUUGUUGUCCUUCCUCUUGCUUGUGGUGCAUGGCCACCGCCAUAUUUGGGUUCAUGUAGCUGUCAUCAAAUCCCUUCAUCAUAAAUUUUGGUGUGAUAUUUGCACCUAAAAUUUAACAUUCAUGGAUAGUUCAAAUAAUAUGGUGGAUUGUGGUGGUAGUCUUCAUGAAUUUAUAGAAAUUGUUGACAAGUUUAAAGAUGAUGGUGUCGCAUGUUGGGAGCCUGCAAUGGAUAUGUGUUUUUCUUCUAUGGAUGACGCUAAAUCUUUUUAUGGAGAGUAUGCUUUGAGAAAGGGCUUUAGGUGGAAGAUUAGAACAUCAAGAAAAGGACAGGAUGGAGAAAUAAACUACGUUAUUCUAGCAUGCACAAGAGAGGGGUCUACAGUCUCAAAGGUUCCAUGUACAUUGAAGACACUUCCGACAAGGGUGGACCAUUGUCCCGCUAAGAUUUGUAUUAAGAUGGAAAUAGAUGGAUUGUGGUACAUCAAAAAAUUUGUUCCUGACCAUUCUCACGAGACCAUCCCUACAAAGGCAAGGUUGUUCAAGGCUAACAAGAAAAUGAAGAGGACUAUUGAAAUAAAUGAUGAUGCAGGUGGGCAUGAAAAUAUAUCGUUUUGUGAAAGAGACGUGAAGAAUUAUGUUAACCAGGAACGGCGUGCACUUGGAAAAGAAGGUGAUAGCAAGGCUAUGAUGAGCUAUUUUUGUGAAAUGAGGGAAAGAAAUUCAAAUUUCUUCUACGACCUAGAUUUAGAUGACGAUUUUCAUGUAAAAAAUGUGUUUUGGGCUGAUGCAAGAAGUAGAGCUGCUUAUGAGUAUUUCGGAGAUGUUGUAACUUUCGACACCACAUACUUGACCAAUAAAUAUGACAUGCCGUUUGUUCUGUUUGUUGGUGUGAAUCACCAUGGUCAAUCAACAUUACUUGGAUGCGGGUUGCUUUCGGGAGAAGACACUGAAUCAUUCAUAUGGUUGUUCAAGUCAUGGCUUCGUUGUAUGCUAGGAAAGGCCCCCAUUGGGAUUAUAACCGACCAAUGUAAGGCUAUGCAAAAUGCCAUUGAGUUAGUGUUUCCUACAACAUGCCACAGGUGGUGUUUAAGGAAUAUAAUGAAAAAAAUUCCUAAAAAGCUCAAUGGAUGCAAUGAGUAUAAAAAGAUUAAGGAUGCUAUGGAAGAAGCAGUUUAUGAUACAUACACAACAACUGCAUUUGAAGAGAAAUGGUGUUCCUUCAUUGACAAAUUUGAACUUCAGCAAAAUAAUUGGUUGAGUGAGUUGUAUAAUGAGCGUCAUAGAUGGGCACCAACCUUGUUACGGAAAUAUUUUUGGGCAGGUAUGUCAACUAUGCAACGAAGUGAGAGCGGACAUGCUGCUUUCUUUGAUGGAUAUAUCAAGUCAACAACAAGUUUAAGUCAGUUUUUGAAGCAAUAUGAUAAUGCCCUUAUAAGUCGAGCAGAAAAAGAAUUUGAAGCGGAUUUUAAUUCCAUGGACACUACAAUUCCGUGUGGGUCAACCUCAUCCAUUGAAAAGCAAUUUCAAGGUGAGUACACUCAUUCCAAAUUCAAGGAACUUCAAGUUGAAUUUAGAUCCAAAAUGAAUUGUGUUGCCUCGUUGAAUAUUGUGGAGGGUUGUCUUGCUACUUAUCAUGUGUUGGAGGAUGUGGUGGUUGGAGACCAAACUAAAGAAAUUGUCUUCAAAGUUGUGUUUAACAAGGAAAAUCAUGAUUUCAGUUGUGAAUGUUCGUUGUUUGAGUUUAGAGGUAUAUUGUGUCGCCAUGUGUUAUCUGUGUGUGCUCAUGAAAGGAUUAUAAAUGUGCCAAAGAAGUAUGUUUUAACAAGAUGGAAGAAAAAUAUUAAAAGGAAGCAUUCAUAUGUUAAGAACAGUUAUAGUGUGGCACAAUUGAACCCACAAAUGGAAAGAUUUGACACAUUGAACAAGCAUUUCUAUUAUGUUGCUGAAGCUGCCGCUGAGUCCGAAGUUGUAACUAAGACACUCCAUGAAACAUUACAUCAGUUCAGUUCUAAUUUGCCACAUUUGAUGGAGGUGUAAUUGUUACUUUCUUUUAGCAAUCGUAACAUGCUUUGUUGAUUUAAUUUUCUAUCAUGAUUCGUGACAUGGUGCUCACUUUUGUUGCCAUUACAUAAAUGGAUGGAGGAACAUUUCAGAAAAGUCUGUAUGCUAUAAUAUAAUUUAAGUAGAAUUGUAUUGGUUGUUUUUUAAGUUGAGAGUCUGUAAUAGAUUCAUUAUUCAGGAAAUGCUAAAGAGUAUCUUUAGGACA